GCGUGACGUCACCGCCGGCCCGUGUUUACAGCUGCCUGCGGACCGGGGAGAUAGAAAGUACCGACAGCAGGCAGCGGCGGCACCGCCGGGAUCCAGAACCGGGCAGCGGCGCCACCGCCGGGAUCUAGGACCGGGCACCGGCACCGACACCGACACCGGGGCUCGCCAUGGGGCGGGGUGCCCGGGCGCGACCCGGCUGACCGACCCGACCCGACCCGACCCGUCCUGUCCCGUCCCGCCCCGGCGGACCUUGGCCGGCCCGGCAGGGGAACGGCGCGGCAAGGCACGGCCGGGGAUGCUGGCGGGAUGCCGGGCACCGGGGUGGCCCGGGUGCUGCCGACGAGGGUGCUGCUGGCGUGGGUGCUGCUGGCCCUGCCGCCCAGCCUGGCCCAGCCCCAGCCCAGCGGGCGCCGGUGGGUGACGGAGAAGGAGGCCCGCUUCGACACCACCUACGCCGACUGGGUGGGCGCCGACCUGAUCAACAUCUACGCCUUCAACCACAGCGUCCGGCGGAACCGGACGGAGGGGGUGCGGGUGUCGGUGAACGUCCUCUCCGACCACAAGGAUUUGCCCGUCCUCUUCGUGGUGAGGCAGAAGGAGGCCGUGGUCUCCUUCCAGGUGCCGCUCAUCCUCCGGGGCCUGUACCAGCGGAAGUACAUGUACCAGGAGGUGAGCCGCACACUCUGCCAGCCCCAGACCAAGGCGGAGGUGGAGACCCAGCACUUCUAUGUCGACGUCUCCACACUCUCCCUCAACGCCUCCUACCAGCUGCGUGUCACCCGCGUGGAGAACUUCGUGCUGCGGACGAACGAAAGGUUCAGCUUCAACGCCACAGCCGCCCAGCCGCAGUAUUUCAAGUACGAGUUCCCCGAGGGACUGGACUCGGUGAUCGUGAAGGUGACCUCGGCCAUGGCCUUCCCCUGCUCUGUCAUUUCCAUCCAGGACAUCCUGUGCCCCGUCUACGACUUGGACAACAACGUAGCCUUCAUCGGGAUGUACCAGACCAUGACGAAGAAGGCGGCCAUCACGGUGCAGAAGAAGGAUUUCCCCAGCAACAGCUUCUAUGUGGUGGUGGUGGUGAAGACGGAGGACGAGGCCUGUGGGGGGGCUCUGCCCUACUACCCCCUCUCCAAAAACGCCUCACCGGAUGAACCCGUGGAUCAGCACAACCGGCAGAAGAUGCUGGAGGUGACGGUGUCGCCCGCCAUAACCUCGGAGGCCUAUGUCAGCAGCAUGCUCUUCUGCCUGGGCAUCUUCCUCUCCUUCUAUGUCCUCACACUGCUCAUCGCCUGCUGGGAGAGCUGCCGGCAGCAGAAGAGGAAUGGGCUCCUGGCAGCCAUGGACUCGCCCAGCCUGGACACGGCAUCUCUACUGGGGCAUGCCCGCAGCAUCCCCGACUCUUUCCUGGGCCAUGCUCCCUAUGACAGCUAUGGUUACGGCUCCUUCGGGAACGGCUCCUCUGGCAGCACCGAGGGCGUCACGGACAGCAUGGGCUCGGCAGAAGUCCCCUACGGCUACGUGGGGCAGGAGCAGUUCAAGCGGCGCACGCCCUCCGCCCCGAUGAGGCCGCUGAGCAUUGCCAUGGGGGAGCGGUUGCUGGAGAACGUGUCCGGCCGGCCUCGCCUGGACUCGCUCAGCUCCGUUGAGGAGGACGACUACGACACACUGGCCGACAUUGACUACGACAAGAAUGUCAUCCGCACCAAGCAAUACCUCUGUGUGGCCGACCUGGCCCGCAAGGACAAGCGGGUGCUGCGCAAGAAGUACCAGAUCUACUUCUGGAACAUCGCCACCAUCGCCGUCUUCUACGCCCUCCCCGUUAUCCAGCUCGUCAUCACCUACCAGACGGUGGUGAAUGUCACCGGCAACCAGGACAUCUGCUACUACAACUUUCUGUGUGCCCACCCGCUGGGGAACCUCAGCGCCUUCAACAACAUCCUCAGCAACCUGGGCUACGUCCUGCUGGGCUUGCUCUUCCUGCUCAUCAUCCUGCAGCGGGAGAUCAACUACAACCGGGCACUCAUGCGCAACAACACCCAUGCCCUGGAGUGCGGCAUCCCCAAGCACUUUGGGCUCUUCUACGCCAUGGGCACCGCCCUGAUGAUGGAGGGGCUGCUCAGCGCUUGCUACCACGUCUGCCCCAACUACACCAACUUCCAGUUCGACACCUCCUUCAUGUACAUGAUCGCGGGGCUCUGCAUGCUGAAGCUCUACCAGAAGCGUCACCCGGACAUCAACGCCAGCGCCUACAGCGCCUACGCCUGCCUGGCCCUCGUCAUCUUCUUCUCCGUCGUCGGCGUGGUCUUCGGCAAGGGGAACACGGCCUUCUGGAUCGUCUUCUCCGUCAUCCACAUCGUGGCCACCCUGCUGCUGAGCACCCAGCUCUACUACAUGGGGCGCUGGAAGCUGGGUGAGGCGAGGGGGCACCGCCGCGAGCAGGGUGGGUGGGGGGGCAACGUGGCGGACACCCCCCCCCCCGACGCGACCUCUCCUCUCCCUGCAGACUCGGGCAUCCUGCGUAGGAUCUUGCACGUGCUGUACACGGACUGCGUCCGGCAGUGCAGCGGGCCCAUGUAUGUGGAUCGAAUGGUGCUCUUGGUGAUGGGAAACAUCGUCAACUGGUCGCUCGCUGCCUACGGCCUCAUCGUCCGCCCCAAUGACUUCGCUUCCUACCUGCUGGCCAUCGGCAUCUGCAACCUCCUCCUCUACUUCGCCUUCUACAUCAUCAUGAAGCUCCGCAGCGGCGAGCGCAUCAAGCUCAUCCCCUUGCUCUGCAUCGUUGGCACCUCAGUGGUCUGGGGCUUCGCCCUCUUCUUCUUCUUCCAGGGGCUCAGCACCUGGCAGAAAACGCCAGCCGAGUCCCGGGAGCACAACCGUGACUGCAUCCUGCUUGACUUCUUUGACGACCACGACAUUUGGCACUUCCUCUCCUCCAUCGCCAUGUUCGGCUCCUUCCUGGUGCUGCUGACGCUGGACGAUGACCUGGACUGCGUCCAGCGGGACAAGAUCUAUGUCUUCUAGGGGCCUGCAGCCGCCCGCUGCCCCGGCCCCGUGCCAAAUGCCUGGCCGCAGCCCCCGGGGAGGGAUGCCCGUGCUGCGGGUCCCACCAGCCGCUCCAUCCCCCUCCCCACGCAGCCCUGGGGUCCCGACGUGCCUCCUUCCCGUCGGCCGGGUGUCUCCCCCCACCGGUGUUGCAUGCCCGUCCACGGGCUCAUCGUAGCCGGAAGGGGGGCUGGGGGGGGUCCGCCAGGGCACCUUGUCUUCGGUGGCGAGUGACACUGGAAAAGGUGCUUCUGCUGCUCUGGGUCUGUGCGCCUGCGGUGUGGGGGGGCCGGGGCGAGUGCUAUGCUAGCAGCCCCGUGGCCCCCCCAAGCACGCGGGUGGGGGGGGUCUCUCUUCAGUGCCUGAGUCGUAUGGGUGGGAGGUGGGGAGGGGGUGUGUGUCUGGCGCAGUGGCUGGGGAGGCCCUGCUCGCGUCUCCCUCAGCAUCCCCGGAGGGUGAGGGGGGCCGCUGGGUGCCCCCCAUCACCGCUCCCCUCCAAGGCUGCUGCCUGUUUGCCAUGCGUGGGUCUGCUGGGAAGGGACUCGCAUUAAAGUGUCUGCACUUUG